CGGCGCUGGCCGGAGUCGGAGAGCUGGUCAUGCUGUCUUAGGCGUCAUGGUCUCCCCUAUCAACUUCAGUCUUACAGCAUCAUGCCGUGUUGGGUACGUUCAUCUUCCUGUAGUCAAUAUCACUUCCCUAACACCAGGCCACUCCUACGUUGGUCGUCGUCCAACAACAGUUGGUCUGCCGAGAAGCAGAAAGCCGUGGACCUCGGCACAACCCCGGGUCUCGAUAACAAACCUCCGCUACAGCCUCGUCUCCUUGGUUAAUGCACGAUAUUUAAUUAUCAUUCGCAGGAGACAUUCCAAAGAUAUAUAGCUAUAUCGCAGGCCUGGCAUAUAACGUACAAUAAGCCCCGGCCAGGAUGCGCGCGAUUCAAGUCCAGGAAUACGUCAAGGUAUGACCCGAGUACAUGCAGGAUGACAGGACUUGCUCAGCUUGCUAACCACCACAAACCCACACAACAGGGUCCGCUGGACCUGGUAGUGUCGAUUCUUCCCACGCCGCCUCCAAGCCCAGAUAAGUACCUGAUCAGAAUACAUGCCGCAGGAACCAAUUUCUUCGACCUGCUUCAGAUACGAGGCAAAUACCAGCAUCAACCACCACUUCCGUGGAUUUCGGGUACCGAAUUCGCUGGAGUUGUCCUCAGCACCCCCACGGCCAGCAAGAAUCCUCGAUUUGGCGUUGGGGAUCGAGUGUUUGGUGCCACUCAGGGCGCAUAUGCCACCCAUAUCCUCACUGGAGAAGCCUCGCUAUUCCCAAUACCACAAGGUUGGAGCUUUGAAGAUGCCGCAGGUCUAUUUGUUACAGCUCCUACCUCGUACGGUGGGCUAGUCUACAGGGCAAACGUACAGAAGGGAGAUUGGGUCCUUGUCCAUGCCGCGGCCGGCGGUGUAGGACUCGCCGCAGUUCAAGUAGCCAAGGCUAAAGGAGCUACGGUAAUCGCGACGGCAGGCACUGAGAGAAAGAGACAAAUAGCGCGGGGCUUUGGAGCCGAUUAUACGAUUGACUACAGAGACCCAAAUUGGCCCGAUGCGGUAAAGAAACUAUGUGCUGAGAACAGGAGCGGAAACGGCAAGGCUGGUGUGGAUAUUGUGUGCGAUCCAGUCGGUAUGAUUGAGCAGAGCCUGAAAUGCGUCGCAUGGAAUGCUCGACUCCUGGUCAUCGGGUUUGCGGCUGGACAGAUCGAGAAGGUUGCUCUCAACAGGGUGUUAUUGAAAAAUGUGAGCAUCGUCGGCUUGCAUUGGGGUCAGUAUGCCUCCUUUGAGAAAGAGACGGUGCAAUACGUGUGGAACGGGAUAUUUGACCUAAUCAAAGAGGGCAAGUUCAAGGGCACUAGCUUCACCGAUGAGAGGUUUGUUGGCUUAGAGUCUGUUCCCAACGCACUGCGGGCGCUUGAAGGGCGGCAAACUUGGGGUAAGGUCGUUGCACAGAUUCCCGAGGAUGAGGGUGCAGGCCAACCUAGUAAACUCUGAACUAGCUGGCAGCCGAUACAGACAAGGCAUCUAGAUAGUUUGGGCAGACAUAAGAAUCAUAAAUACAGAUAUGUAGGUGCGCAAGGAGUCAUGCUCUCUGUGGAAAAUCUCCCGACUGGGAACAGAGAACAGCAUGAACUAUGAAGGCCCUGUUUGUAAACUUGAUGUUGCAAUCUGAGAAUUGUCGCGAAAAGACAGGCAAAGUGUCUCUCUCAAACCAUCUCGGGAGACCCAACUCCAGCCAUGCACUGACACAAGACGUGACAAGAUGCGGGCCGUCUUCAUAACGAAAGUCCGUGGAUCUUCCUAUAUCGGGUGGGACAGUUGGGCUUGAGGAUUGCGGUGAGAAGAGUCGGUGUUUGAUAGGAUCGUUUACGAAGAAGAAUCGAGACUGGAGAGAGGAACAGCAACGCAUUGUCAAAGCGUUCGUACGGAUUGCCAAUAUGCGGGGCGUUAGGUUGGGUCCUAUACAGUUAGCAUCAUCAUCAGGCAGAGUCCCAAGCAGGCUGUGCCAGCGCAAACGCAGUCUGUUCGCUAAUAAUGUUUCUCCCCUUCGUCGUCGUCGUUUUUGCUUGAGGUCAAAAAUAAGAAAUUUCUAAUCUUUAUUUGUAUA